GCACCCACGUACGCUUUCCAUACUUGCUUACCCAGUAGACCUCGCAGUGCGCGCCGAUCCCCGCGGAUCCGAUCGAAUAAUCCACGCUGCCGAUCGCUCGCAUGCACACAUCCCGAAGCAGCCGCGCCAGCGGGGGGCGCGUGUGCACCCUGCAAGAAAUCGCAAGCAAGAACUUCGUCAAUCGUCAUCGAGACCUACCGUAUGACGCAGCCAACCUGUCCCAUGCAUCCAUCUCCUUCGACGUUCGAAAUAGCUCUCCUCUUCGUAUCGCGACCCCGCGCACGAUCGAGCCAGAUCCCCCCCCGCACACAUGUAAACAUACCGUCAGGCUGCAUACACACAGCCGCAAUGCGCGAGUCUAGCCCCCAGCCUCCCAGCCUGCCUGGGCAAGGACGCUGGACUUCCUCCCGUCCGUCCCCUAAAAUAAACAGAUCAAACAAAAAAAAAAAAAAAAAACUCGUCUCCACCGGCAAACGCCGCCGUCCCCCCUCCCGGCGUGCCGGUGUCCCACCACCAAGGCACGCCAGGCACCGCAACGCAAGCGCAACGCCGCCACAGCGCGCUAGCAGCUUGAGCUGCCCCAUUGCGCUGAUGACGAUCGCCCGUUCGGCCUGCGCUGCGAGUGAGGGCAAGCUGCAAGCUGCAAGCCGCACGCCGGACGCCGCACGCCGCCUACCGCGCCAUUAAUUCCCCCUCUCCCGAGUCCCGGUCGUCCAAGCCGUUGUUAGAUUCGCCAUUUUCCACAU